CAUCAGGCCUAAAUGUUUCCUAAUGGGAUCCUUAAUCCAAACACCAAGCACCUAAAGGCUAAAACCUAACAAAACUUAGAAUAAACAUAAUACCAAACAGACAACAUAAAAAGUGCGCUCCAAUCUAUUCAAUCCGCGCUCCAAAAAAUUAAGAUCGCAAUUUUUUGUCGAUUUGCUGGCAAUUCGUGUUUCCACGCUCCGGAGCAGGAGCGGCAGGCCCUAUAGCACGAAUUAGGUAAGCUAAGUCUAGAUAAGGCAUCUGCAACUUUUUUGUACUUCCCUUGCCUACUUAUGAUCUAAUAACUCAAUCCAAGUAACUUCACCAACGCUUUCUUCUGAAUAUGAGUAUGAACUUUAUGUCCUAGCAGGUGCUUAAGACUUUCAUAAUCUGUGAGGAUCACAAAGGGUCUUCCUUUAAGAUAGUGCCUCCAUCUGGUUACUACUAGGAGCAUUGCCAGAUAUGCCAGUCAUUGCUGUCUAACUCCUGAAGUCCGACUGAGGUAAGAAACAGGUCUGCCUUCAUGGGAUAACUCAGCUCUAACUCUCAAGUCACUGCAUUUGUCUCCGGUGUAAAGUUUUUGCUGAAGUCAGGCAAUGCCAACAUUGGUAGAUCAGUCAUGAAAUUCUUGAGCUACUGGAAAGCAGUGUCAGCUGUAGGAGUCCACUUGAAUCCAUCCUUCUUCAAGAUAUCAUAAUGCCUAACAAAUUUCCUGUAAUAUUCUGUUAGGCGUAGGAAUCCUCUCAAUUUCUAAACAUUCAUGGGGACUAGUCAUGAUUGCAUUGCUGCUAACUGGAAUCGAUAGAGACUCCCCCACUGUUAAUAAUGUGUCCCAAGUAUUCAACAUGUGUAUGGCAAAAAGAGCAUUUAAAGGGUUUGGCAUGUUUGUCAUACUUUUUGUGGUUACUAUAUAUAAUCUUUGUUUAACAUUCUAGCUUUAAAAAUAGUAUGUGUUUCAAUUUAAUUACAUUAGUUUUAAGUAGAAUUUGAUUUGGAUUUGUCGGGCGAUCUGUGGGUUUCCAAAACUGACGAUGAUGGAGAUAAAAAAAACUUCUGCUCACAAGAGGAUUCGUAGUGCAUAGGUUUAUGAAUUGAAAAUAGAGAUAAAGACGAGUUUAACAAAAAUUGCCAAAAGCCCACCUCAAUGCCAUCCCCAUGGUUGACCAAAUUGUCUUUUCAAUUCAUCCAAUACUUUAGGAUUAGUAUGAUUUAGGACAGAUCGUUAUCGAUCCUUACGUAGAGAGUUACAAAUCCAGCAAACAACUAGUGCAUUGCAGUCAUCCACAAUCCACACCGCUCAGCCUCUCGAAGAGGUAUGGGGAUGCAACUAUCUAUGAAACCCAUUUUAUCAUUCGUUUUGAGAGAAUUUUGUGCAUAUCUACUUGAAAUUGUAUAGUUCAAUCCAUCACACAACUCAAUGACUAGAGACUAUGCUAUAUUUUAUUUUGGAUUAAGAUAGUAGGCAUUUGGGCUAAGCCCAAAAUCAUAAUCCCGAGUCAUACCCUCUGUACAAAUAAUUGAAAAGCUAAAAGCAUCUCCAACCCUCCAAUAGGUUAGCAGUUUCAUAUAUGGACUCCACAACCACAUCAAAAACUUUAACAAUUAUCUCAUUCAAUCAACCAUCUCCAUCUUGCAGUUUUUUUUUAGCAAUUUCAAUUGAUGAAACCUACAAAAUAUUCAUAUAAUUCAUAUUUUUCUUAACAAUACUUUUCAAUAAUAAAUAAUAGACUUUUGAACAUUCAAUAAACACAAAUACUUAGUAUACACAAAAAAUAAAUACAAAAUUCAGUUAAAUUCAAAAUGAAAUACACAAAAACACUAUAGUAUUCGCCAUCUUCCUCUUCUCUAAAUCCAUUUCAAAUCUCUUCAUGUACUUUUAGUGUACUUCUUUCUAAUUUUUUGAAUGAAUCUUCAAUCUUUAACUAUACAUCUUUGUAUUAGUUUUUAUGUCAUCUUAAUCAAUAUAAUUAAAAUAUAAUUUAUGCUUUUUCUAAUUUAUUAACAACUAAAAAAAUAUCAUAAACACAAGAACUAUUAAUGUUUAGCAAUAUGUGCACAAUUGUGGAUGAAAAAAGAAGGGGAAAAAAUAAAAAAGGAUUUGGUUCCAUGCAUGAAUAAAGUGGGUCCCAAAUGCUUAUAUGACAUUGCACGAUGAAUUUUCUAUUUAGCAAUCUUGCUAAAUAAGAAAGAAUCUCCACAUCCUUACAAUUGCGUCAAAAUGGUGCCACCUAGCAUAUGACCAAUGAGAUGAAGAUAGUCUAAGCAACAAAGAGAAACACGUGGUUGCAGAGUUCAUUUUCCACCAAUGCAGAGGGUGACGGGGCAGGCCAAAAUUUUGCCACAAACUCGAUAGAAUGGACAAAGGCCAAGCAAAGCCACCUUCUUCUUCCUCCUCUCCUCUCAACUCUGAUCUAAAGAAAAACUCCCGUGUGACCCGUUUUUGUUUCUUCUUUGACGAGCGAAGUCGGCGGGGAAGCCUCAAGAUUUUGAAUUGAAAAGGUAAAUUUUUUAAAACAGACAUAUAUAGAAGUGAAGCUUGAUUUCUUUAACCGUCUUCUCCCACCCAUUAUUAAAUCCUCAUUCCUUACUUAGCAAUCCAUCUACACUUUAGAUUGCUCCCUUCCCCUGAAACCAAAAGAUCGAAUCAACACAAGAAAAUUAAUUUCUUCAGAAAGGAAAGAUAAAAAAAUGGAGGCAAACAUUUUAACACCGACCCAGAAAUACGCAGGGGCAGCUCUGUUUGCGUUGGCGCUUCACCAGUCACAGAACCACCAGAAAAAUCCUUCCAACCCACUCCUCUCUCUGGACAGCGAGCCCAUCGGCCACGCCGACGUCACCACUGCCAAGACCUCCACCUCCGUCUCCGAGAAGCCGCAGUUGUGGAUCCAUGAGGACUCCGGCUUGCUCCUCCCUGUUUUCAGCUUUCUGGGAGUGGAGCUUCAGGCAUGGGAUGGGCUGAAGGAAACCGCCGGGUCUUCUACCCAAUUGAGGCAUCACAUUGGAUCGUACAUGAAAUUGUUGUCGGAGGAUAGGGAUGGGUCAAUGGACAGGCUGGGGAAGGAACAAGCUUUGACCAAGAAUGUUGACGCCACUGUCCAAGCCAUGGACAAAUCCCCUGCCUCCACCGUAGAUACGAAGACUCAGCAGAGCAACAUCUCGCCACUGGGCGUGAUGGCGGCCGGGCCGGCAAAUGCACUGGUGAAGACCGGCGUCGUGGGGGCCGAGAUGGCCAUGGACGAGGUGAAGGUAGUGAGCUACCAGAGGAAAGUUACAGUGCUCUAUGAGCUGCUCUCAGCUUGCCUUGCCGAUAGUGUUAAAGACAACGGUAAAUUCUUCAAGCAGAGAGAAGGCUAUGACGCUCGCCACAGAGCUGCUCUCAGGCUUUUGGCCUGCUGGCUUGCCAUCAAUUGGAAUGAAAUGGAAGCAAUGGAGUCGAUGGUUUCUAGCUCCCUGAUGGAGCUGUUGGCGAAGGCAAACGAAGGAGACAAGACGGUCACCGAAGGCGCGUGGGAGAAAAGCAAGCGCGUGGGGAUGGUCAGCGCAGCCGCUUUGACCGGCGGAGCACUCAUGGCCGCCACCGGCGGCCUUGCUGCUCCAGCAAUUGCACAUGGAGUGGCUGCACUCGCCCCGGUCCUUGGAGGUGCUCUUGCUAGCACUACAGGGUCCGUUGCUGUUGCUGCUUCAUUUGGAGCUGCUGGAAUGAGCCUGACGGGGAGCAAAAUGGCAAAAAGAGUAGGAGGACUCGAGGAGUUUGACAUUGAAGCACAUGGAGAUAGUGCCAAUCAAGGCCGCCUAGGAGUUGAAAUCUUUAUGAACGGGUAUGUUCUCAAUGAGAACGAUUUUAAGAAGCCAUUUGAAGGCAUUAACGACAACAUGGAGAGGUACAUCGUGCGGUGGGAGUCGAAGAACUUGAUCGAGUUUAGCACCGCUGUAGAGGACUGGCUUUCAUCGAAGGCUGCAAUGGAGAUGAUGAAACAAGGUGCAAUGCUGACUGUGUUGAGCACGUUAGUUGUGGCACUAGCUCUGCCGGCAGCCAUGCUUGGAGCUACUGAGCUCAUCGACGCGAAAUGGGCAGUCGCUAUUGACAGGGCUGAUAAAGCAGGACUGAUGCUUGCUGAGGUGUUGAUGAAGGGCAUGCAUGGCAACAGGCCUGUAACACUGAUCGGCAACUCACUUGGAGCUCGAGCUAUCUUCAAGUGCUUGCAGCAUCUGGCUGCCUCACCCGGUGACAACGGUGGAUUGGUGGAAAGGGUGGUUCUUCUUGGUGCACCAGUUGCCAUCCAAGGCGAGAAAUGGGCACUUGCCAGAAAGAUGGUGGCUGGAAGGUUUGUGAAUGUAUACUCAACGAAUGACUGGACGCUAGGGGUUACUUUCCGUGCAAGCCUGGCCUCCACCGGGUUGGCUGGCAUUCAGCCCAUUGAAGUUCCUGGAAUCGAGAAUAUUGAUGCAACGGAUCUGAUUCAAGGACACACCAUGUAUUUGGCGAAGACGAAAGAGAUCCUGCAGCUGGUUGAACUGGAGAGUUGCUAUUCUGUUGCCAACAAGACCUGCUCCAAGCCCAAAGCCAGCUGAGAAAGAAGAAAAAAUUAUCCACUCUAAUUGUUUGACAACUACUUAAUGUAUACCGUCCAUCCAAGAAUUGGGUUUUGCCUCUUUAAGUAAUGAAAAGUAACCUAUAUAUUGUGUCCUAGUUUUGCCUGGUGUGAGAGUUUAUUGCGAAGAUUUUUGUUGUUGUUGUGUGUUAUGUAUGUUUAACAGUGGGUAGUAAAUGGUAUGGGGUAAUUAAAAGUGGUUGCAAAAACAGAAAGUUAUAUCUAUGUGUGUGUUUCUACUUUCUAGCAAGCCAGCUUGAUUUCUAUGUGUGUAAUCUAACGACUGUUUUCUAUAAAUAGCACAAAACGGAAAGCCUGAUGAAAGUAACAGAGUAGCAAUUCAAUCCACCCGUCUAAAAAUGGUGAGUAAAACAGUUGUCAGGAUGAUGAUCACUACCUUUCGCUUGCUUCUGCUUAUGGAGGCAAGCAGCAGCAGUUCAAAUGCAAUCCCUGACGUGGCAGCAGCUGCCACGUUGAACAGUCAGCCGAUGAAAAUCAAUUACACUGAAAUCGCCACAAAAAACAGGGGAGGUGGAGGGAGCUUCUGGUGGGGAUGGGGUGGCGACGGAGGAGGGUAUGGAUGGGGUGGAGGUCGCGGUGGGUCGUAAAAAUGGGGUGCCGCUGUAAACAUAAAUUAUAAUAGCAUGAAUCUUAUAAUUAGAUGAUUUCACGAAUCGAUUAUAAAUUAAGGAAAUCUACAUCGAUUCAUAACGAGAGCGGCGGCAGUAGCUUCAGUAGUAAUCACCGGAAUUGAGUUUCUCUCUCUUGACCCCUUUAGGUUUUAGGUUUAGAGAUUUCUGUGAUGGCUAAGAAAUUCUACGUAAUGGGUUGAGAGAUGACCAAUCAUAGGGUUUCUUUAUAUAGACCCACCAUCAGGGUAUUUUAGGAAUUUACCUUUCAUUAACCUAAUCAAUAUAUGAUUCACCUUAUAUUUUAAACCAUUAAGUGAUAAUUAUACUUGGGUCACAAUUAUUCCCUUGUGACCUACGGGAAUGGGCUCUCCAAGUUGGCCCAUGUGUCAUUAUAUGGUCUAACAAUAAACACAAGUGUGCACAUCAUAAGAUAAAUCCAUCAUAAUAUUUGGUCCACAAUAAAGUCACAAUCAAGUAUGAAAGCUAGAUUAGGAUCAUGGCGGUUGUAUAUCAAUUUAUCGACAUAGUCCCUUCCAUGUACCACAAAACCAGUCUCAUACUCAAUAUGACACAUAACAAGGUAGUCAUAAACAAUAAUGUCUUCUCUAAAGACAAAUCGUGUUCUGUUCACAUAAUACAUAAUGUAUGUAUAU